GAGGUCGAGGCCUCCUCUGAAUAAAUGGCUUCUACUGUCAUUCUUCAUUCUAGGUUUAACUGGUAUUUUUGGUAACCAACUUUUGUUCCUUGUUGGUCUUGGCUACACGAAUCCGACUUAUGCUGCUGCUUUGCAACCUGCAAUACCAGUCUUUACGUUCAUAUUUGCUGUGCUCAUGGGUACAGAAACAGUGAAGCUUCUUACUGUCGAAGGUCAGGGAAAGGUUGGAGGUACCAUUGUUUGUGUUUCUGGGGCGAUUUUAAUGGCUGUAUUCCGUGGUCCAGUGGUAUUUGGAGAUGGCACAUCAGACUUCACAGCCCACAUUGAGAUAAGUGCUAAGGGUCAACCCGAGCCUGCUGGAUGGCCAAUGUCUAGUUUUCUGGAGCUGGGAUUUGAUAAUUGGCACCUCGGCGUCUUAUGCUUAAUAGGAAACUGUAUGUGCAUGGCAGCAUACUUAGCUAUUCAGGCUCCACUUUUGGCAAAAUACCCUGCAGGCUUAUCAUUGACAGCAUAUUCAUACUUUUUUGGCGUUCUAUUGAUGAUAGGCACAUCAUUCUUUAUGACCAAUGGAUCAACAGACUGGUAUUUGACAAAAUCUGAAGUUUUCGCUGUGUGCUAUGCUGGAAUUGUUGCAUCAGCCCUGAACUAUGGACUUAUGACAUGGUGCAAUAAGAUUCUUGGCCCUGCUUUAGUUGCUUUAUACAAUCCGCUUCAACCUGCUGCUUCAGCAAUUCUAUCUAGCAUUUUUCUCGGGAGCCCUAUUUAUCUGGGAAGCAUUUUAGGAGGACUUCUCAUUAUAGCUGGGCUUUAUUUAGUAACUUGGGCAUCUUACAGAGAGAGGCAGCCAGCGAUGGGAACUGUUCCUCACACUCCUCGGAUGACGGAUCCCCUAAUUCCAUAUCAGAUAGGACACAUUUUCUCUGUUCCUUCUUCCUCAAUAUCAAAGACCACUGAUUAGAUAGUGCUAAGAUAUCAUUUGUAUGUCCUUUUCUUAUCUCCUUCAUGAUAACUUGUAGUGCAGUUCACUGCUUAAAAAAAUGAUAAUAUGUAGUGCUUUAUCAAGUUUUUUUUC